AUGACUAUCAUUCUAGAGUUUAUAACCCUUUUCUUCAUUGCCAUUUACUCAUACCUGGAAGCAUUUGUCAAAUUAUUUAUCUCAGAUAAAAAGAAAUCUGUUAGUGGAGACAUUGUACUAAUUACUGGAUCUGGACAUGGAAUUGGGCGUCUUGUAGCCCUUGAGUUUGCCAGAUUACAAAGCAUUGUGGUGUUAUGGGAUAUCAACAAGGAAGGUAAUGGGUGUGGAAGAAACAGCUAAUCUAUGUAGGAAACUGGAAGCAAAAGCCUAUGCUUAUGUAGUGGAUUGCAGUAAAAGGAAUGAUAUUUAUGCUGCAGCUGAAAAGGUCAAGUCAGAAGUCGGAGAUGUGGAUAUCUUGAUAAAUAAUGCUGGAGUGGUGUUUGGUGUGGAGUUUCUCAACUUAAAAGAUGACCAAAUUGAGAAGACCUUUAAAGUCAACAUUCUUGCUCAUUUUUGGACCACCAAAUCUUUCUUGCCUGCAAUGAUGAGAAAAAAUCGAGGACACAUAGCUACUGUGGCUUCUGUUUGUGGUCAUGUUGGGAUAACAUAUUUAGUAGACUACUGUGCCAGUAAAUUUGGAGCUGUUGGUUUCCAUGAGUGUAUGACUACAGAGCUUGCUGCUCUCGGAAAAGAUGGAAUUAAAACCUCUUGUUUAUGUCCUGUGUUCGUGAACACAGGAUUUGUCCAAAAGCCAAGCACAAGAUUAUGGCCUGUACUGAAACCUGAAGAUGUAUCUAGGAGUUUUGUGAUGGAAUACUAACAAAUAAGAAAAUGAUUUUUGUCCCUUCGUAUGUGAAAAACUACCUGGUGCUAGAAAAAUUUCUUCCUCAAAGGGUAAUAGCAAGGAUAAACAAGAUGCAAGAUGUACAGUUUAGCACUGAGUUCAGAAGUGCAUCAAAAAACCAAAUAA